CGCAGGAAAUCCUCCGCGGUGGAGAGAGAUGCAAACCGCUACCGCGAUGAAUAGGAGGAGGAGGAGCAGCAGCCUGGGAGGGAGGCCUCCUGCUGCCCGGAACCCGCCUUCCCAACCAGGCCGUCGCUGCCGGGCGGUUGCCCUUCCCUUCGCGGCAACUCGGAGGCAUCGGUGCGUCCGGCCCCUGUCUGCAAGCUGUCCUACACAGGGCCUUUCGGCGGGCCCAGCCAGAGCAGCGACCCUGUUGAUAGCGGGCGAGAAGCGCAAAGGGCAGCCUGCAGUUUGCUUGGGCCAUGGCAGAAAAGCAUCUGGGGCAUGCCUGGGCCUCGCUGCCGCUCUUUGGAGGAAGCAUGUAGAGUUGGAUUAAACGGGCGCCCCAUCCAUCACAGGUAACACCCGUGGCAUCCCCUUUGGGCCUGGAUCUCUAUCCUUCCAGGCACCCUCUGGGUCUAUGUUUCCAUAGCCUCUUAUCCCAGGAGUGGCAAGAGGCACGGAGAUGGGGGUCAGUUCUGUGCGGCGGGCCACAGUCUCGGGCAGGACCCGCUCACACGGCACCAGUGGCACCGUGCUGCUGCCUUCCAUGCUGAUGUUUGGCGUGAUCGUGGCCUCCAGCGGCCUUUUGCUCAUGAUCGAGAGGGGCAUUUUGGCUGAGGUGAAGUCCCCGCCGCUCCAUCCCUCGCACAGAGAUCCGUCCUGGAGGAAUGCUGGCAGUGCCAGAGGCGCCGCAGUGCCGGAGGAUGUAGGGUACCAGGUGCUGCAAGAUAUCCGUAACAGGACAAUCCGUGCCAUGUGUGGGCAAAAGAACGUGCCCCACAGUAUCUGGGACCUCUCCGCGAGCCAGAGGAGGACGGUACUUAAACACAUCCUGGUUAGUGACAAACAUCGCUUUUUGUAUUGCUACGUGCCCAAAGUGGCUUGCUCCAACUGGAAACGAAUCCUGAAAGUUUUAGACGGGGUGCUGGAGAAUGUGGAUGUGAAGCUCAAAAUGGACCACAAGAGAGACUUGGUUUUUCUAAGAGACUUGAAACCAGAGGAGAUCCGUUACCGGCUGAAACACUAUUUCAAGUUCAUCUUUGUCCGAGACCCGAUGGAGAGACUUUUAUCAGCUUACAGAAAUAAAUUUGGAGAGAUCAAAGAUUACCAGUUGAAAUAUGGAGUGGAAAUAGUCAAAAGGUAUAGGAAAAACCCAGGGAAAACGACGGGGGAUGAUGUCACUUUCUCCGAAUUUCUCCGGUACCUCCUAGACGAAGAUGUGGAGAAAAUGAACGAACACUGGAUGCCCAUCUACAACUUGUGCCAGCCCUGUGCGGUGAGGUACGAUUUCAUCGGAUCCUAUGAAAGAUUAAAUGAAGAUGCCAGUCAUGUCCUGGAACGAGUUCAAGCGCCGUCCUAUAUACGCUUCCCCGAAAGGCAACCAUGGUACAAACCAGUGACUCCUCAAACUUUACAUUACUUUUUAUGUAACACUCCAAGGGGGCUGAUCAAAGAGCUAUUGCCAAAAUACAUUUUGGAUUUCUCUUUGUUUGCUUACCCUCUUCCGAACAUCACUAGUGAAUUUUGCAGGCAGUGAAUUUCUGUCCACUGCUGUCUCAGUGUUCUAUGCAACUUCCUGUUUUUUUAUAUACUUUUACUAAACGUUUUCCACAUCA